CUCACCUACCACAAACCCACAAGUCUGCAGAAGAAACAUCCCUCCUAGUUCCAAAAUGUGUGGCCAUAACACACAACCACGCGCAACCGGGGACAAUAUCGAGUUGCAGCCUCCACACCUCGAUAUCAGUGAAAGUCCCGAGAACGUGAGCACCUUUGAAGACAUCCCACCGAAUGGUGGAUAUGGCUGGGUGUGCACCUUUUGCGUCUUCAUGAUCAAUGUGCACACCUGGGGCGUCAAUAGUGCUUGGGGAGCCGUUCUCAACUACUAUCUCUCCAACUCCACCUUCCCCGGGGCAAGCCACCUGGACUUUGCAAUAAUCGGCGGGCUGUCCAUCUCGCAGUGCCUACUGAUCGGGCCCAUCGUCACCAAAGCCAACGAUGGGAUCGGAAUACGAUUGACAUUGCUUAUCGGUACAAGCUUGAUCUUCGCUGCCCUGUUCGCUGCCUCGUACGCUACCGCGGUGUGGCAUCUCUUCCUCUCCCAGGGCAUUUGCUUUGGCAUCGGAAUGGGCUUUACCUAUCUGACAGCCACCUCCAUCCUCCCCAAAUGGUUCUCCACCAAACGUAGCUUUUCCAGCGGUCUUACUUCCUCUGGGGCCGGUUUGGGCGGCCUGGCAUAUAACCUGGCCGCAGGACGUGCUAUUGAGACAAUGGGUGUGCGGAAUACCUAUCGGAUCCUAGCAUUCUGCGCUCUAGGCUCGAACCUUAUAUCCUCACUUCUGCUCAAAGACCGUUCACGCUCUCGCACACAAAGCAGCCAACGGACCCUCAACCACCGAGAUCUCGGUCAUCUCGAAGUCCUCCUGGUCAGUGUGUGGGGCAUGUCCACAGAUCUCGGAUAUAUUGCGCUCAUCUACUCCCUUCCUAACUACGCAUCCUCCAUCGGUCUCACGUCCCAACAGGGCUCUGUCGCUGGGGCUAUCCUCAAUCUUGGCCUCGCCGUUAGACGACCUCUAGUCGGCUACAUUAGUGAUAUCUACGGGCGUAUUACCGUAUCCAUGGCCGUGACCGCCACCUGCGCCGUGCUGUGUCUCGCCAUCUGGAUCCCGGCCCAUUCAUAUGCUCUCCUCUUACUCUUUGCCCUUUUGGGCGGAAUGAUCUGCGGAACAUUCUGGAGCACCAUCGCACCGGUCCUGACCGACGUAGUCGGGUUGAAUCGUCUCCCCUCCACGUUUGGACUCAUCUGUUUGACUUUGGUUGCGCCGACUACGGUGGCGGAGGCGAUCGCCCUCAGCAUGGUUGGUAGUUCUGGCUACCUCAGCGCGCAGGUGUAUAUCUCUUGCAUGUUUAUUCUGGGGGCUACAUGCUUGUGCAUUCUUCGGUCGUGGAAGUUUUAUGAGAUUCAGAAGAAGGCAUCAAUUGAGCGCGAGGGACAUGUAUCGUCUUUUCCGAAUUACUUUAAGUGGAUGAGACCGCAGAAGUUGUUUUUGCUGGGGAGAGUUUGAGCGUGUGAGCUAUAUAU